AUGAUUUUCUCAGAGGCAGAUUACAGGGGCAUCAUCUUCCCACACGAUGACCCGUUGGUCUUGGCAUUGGACAUUGCAAACUCUGACGUGAAUCGAGUGCUGAUAGACGGAGGUAGCUCGGCAAACAUUAUAUUCUGGGAAGCAUUCAAACAAUCGCACAUAUCAGAGGAGGAGCUGACAAGAGUGAAUUACCCAGUGGUCGGAUUUUCGGGAUCCACAAUGUAUCCAAAGGGUAGCAUCAGGCUGCCGGUAAGAAUUGGAGAUAGGUCUGAGGCGCGUGACCUCAUGGUGGAUUUCUUAAGCAUCAAAGUGUCGGCAGCAUACAAUGUGAUCAUUGGUUGUCCUUUCAUACACGACGCACAAGCAAUAGUGUCAACAUACCACCUAACAAUGAUAUACAUGUCGAAUCUGGAAAGGCCGACAAAGAUAAGGGGAAGUCAAGAGGCGGCGAGAUCUUGCUAUUUAACAGCAUUGAAAACACCAAGCAUGAUAGUGCAUGAGGUAAACCUGGCAAGAGAGGCCAGCGCAAAAAGAGGGCGAGCCGACCUUAACAUGAAACAUUUUGAUGAAAGACCUGCAACAACACCAAGACCGUCAACAUAUGGUCUAACCGAGGAAAUCGAGUUAGAAGUGGGCCGACAAGGAAGAACAGAUGUAAUCGGCACAGAAACGGAGGUUGGCAUGAGGGUCAACCUUAUAGGUUUAUUAAGGGAGCAUGCUGAUGUCUUUUCCUUCUCGGCGAAUGAGGUGUCGGGUAUCGAUCCUAAUGUCAUAGUUCAUCGCCUGAACGCAUACAAAAACGUAAGAUCAGUAAGGCAAAAGAAGCAAAAUUUCUCCAUAGAAAAAAUGGCAGCAAUCCAAGAAGAGGUGGAAAAUCUUCUGGCGGCAGAUUUCAUCGAGCCAUGCGACUACCCGGAAUGGCUAGCAAACGUAGUCAUGGUGAAAAAACCAAGCGGAUCUUGGAGAAUGUGUGUUGAUUUCACCAACCUUAUUAGAGCAUGCCCAAAAUAA